UAUCACGCUCCCCACGAGGCAUCUGGCAGCUCUCCCUCUCAGCUAUGGCCUGGAGGAGUCCCAAUUGCAUCGUUCGUGCGGUGCAGUCCGUCCGCAAGAAUGCCUGUCUACAGCCUUCUCUGCAAUUCCCCGUCGUCUCCGCGUCUCCUCUUCCCCCGACCUCGACACACUUCCACCAGCGCCAACGUCAGAACCCAUUCUCCACCUCGUCCCGACAAUGUGCCACUGAUAUCACCGAGGUACAGGCUGCCCCAGAGAUCGACUUCUCCAAAUUGGCAAUAGCCCCUGCACGGAUCGUCCCCGCAUCACCAUCCUACUUCUCCGGCAGUCCGAAGUUCUUCGAUCACCUGCUGAAUCUUGAAAGGAUUUUGGCCAAGUAUGCAAGCUUACCCACGGUGCCUACCAGUGAAGCGCCGCGAAUGGCAUGGCUCAAAUUGACACAAUUCCGCGACUUUGUUGGCGAGCCGGUACCGACGAAGAAGUACAAAAAUCUUCUCAAGAUCCUGCAACGGCUGAAUAGAAUUGAUCCCAAUUUAGCGCCUCGUGAAGUGCGCGAAACAUUGCAUACCUUCCUUCGUCCUGGAAACCCCUAUGAGAGUAAGCCAGAACCGCCCGUUGUGGACGAACUAGGUCGGGCUAGAGGCACAGGCAAGCGGAAGGAGUCUUCGGCUGUGGUAUGUCUAGUUGAGGGAGAGGGGGAGGUUCUAGUAAACGGGAAGACUUUAGUGGAGGCAUUUCCCCGUCUGCACGACCGAGAGAGUGCCAUGUGGCCAUUGAGGUGUACACAAAGACUGGACAAGUACAAUGUCUGGGUUACGGUCAAGGGUGGUGGAGUGACUGGCCAAGCAGAGGCUAUUACAUUAGCUCUCGCGAGAGCAUUAUUGGUUCAUGAGCCAGGAUUGAAGCCUGUCUUGCGGAAAGCGGGCGUUGUUACUGUCGAUGCACGGCGCGUGGAAAGGAAGAAGCCAGGUCAUGUCAAGGCGCGCAAGAUGCCAACCUGGGUCAAACGGUGAAGAGAAAGAGAAGAGAAUGUCUUUCCUUCCAUUACUGUAUUAUUUUUUUGUGUCAAGACGAUUCUGGGCGAGUCUAUAUAUGCUGUAUUCGUCGUCUUAUGUCCAGUAUGUCAUGGGUUUAGCUUCAGGCACCAAAGGCGUUUUCGAUGUUUUCUUGGACUGCGAUUAGAAUCCCGGGUGACUGAAGUAGGGAGCAGAGCCUCCAGGGAUCUACUAUUUUGUGCACUCUUGGAUCCAUUGGACAAUAUGGUGCAUCAUAAUCCUGCCGGUAGGCAGCAUGUAUAGCGUAGUUACAUAUAGUUGGUUAGUUGGUUAUUUAACUUAGUUAUGUCUGCUUGCUGAGUCACCAUGAAUGUCGCACAAGCUGACUAUUAAUAUCCCUCGUUUCUA